GCGGCGGCUCCUGUGGAGGGGACGGGCCGCGGCGGCUCCUGUGGAGGGGACGGGCCGCGGGCUCCGAGCGCCGCUGUCACCAACACGGAUCCCCGCGGAGCUGUGAGGGGAUAGCCCCUCUCCUCUGGUCCCUUCCCCUCGGGGCGGGCGGCCUCGGGCCGCUGGUCGGGGAGCACCGAGGUAGGCGAGCGCCCCGAUGCCGGCAGCUCUCGGCGAGCCGGGGCUCCCUCGUUCGGGGUCCUCGGGGUGGCCAAAUCCAUGCUUAUAUUUGGAAGUUCAGUAUUUCCUUCCUCCUCUUUUUCUACCUCCCCCCCCUUUUUCUAUGUGCCUUAUUUCAGUACCUUUAAAAGUACCUUUGCAAGCAUUUAAAAGCGUUUUAACAUUAACUAUUAUCUUAGCCAUAUAUGGGGUACUAAUGGAGUAUAGCAUGUGGACCCGCUCUAAAAGUGCUGCUGGUGAAGGCCUGCUUGCCGACUUACAGUCGUUACAGAAUCGGCUGAGGAGAACUGAAAGAAACCUACAGACUGUAGAGGAAGAGCUUUCCAGCACUAGUACAAGCAAACAUUAUGGCCACUGCUUUGAUGAGGCUGUAGACCUCACUCUGAAGGACCUUGUUCAGCCUAAUUGCAACUACCAAGGCUUUUCCAACUGCAAGAAUAAUGCUGGUAAAACAUUUUGCCACGAUUUGCAAAGAAAAUCUGAAACUUAUUCGGUAUCCACAGCGUCUGAUAAAACUGUGGAACAAAAUGAACGUCUUAAGGAGAAGCUGGAUGCCCUUUGUGAGCAAAAUGCAUCUUUGGCUUCUCAGAACCAGUACCUAAAGAACAGAGUGGAAACAAUGAACUUGGAAUUGAUUCAGUCAAAAACAAGAAUUUCUUACCUUGAAUCGACUUUAGGUACCCAUUUAGUCAGCAUUUCAAAGUUAAAAGAACAGAUUGUAAACUUGGAAGCAGAAGUUUCGGCUCAAGAUAAAAUUCUGAGAGGUACAGAAGAUAAACUAGAUCAAAGCCGGAAAACAGGAAUGGAAAGAGAAAAGAUGUUGCAAAGAUACAAAAAGGACUAUAAAAAUCUGAAAAUGGAGUUAAUUGAACGAAGCAAGCAAGGAAAGAGAGCAGAACAGCAAAGAAAUGAAGCUUUGUUGAACGCAGAGGAGCUGACAAGAGCUUUCAAAAAGUAUAAAGAGAAAAUAAUUGGAAAAUUAGAAAAGGUUAAAGCUGAAGAAGUAGUCGUGGGAAAACGUUUAAUUAAUUGUGAAAAAGAAAAAGAGAAGUUGAGUGAAAAGUGUGUCAGCUACAGAAAGGAUCUAGACAUCCUAGAAGAGCAAGUAAGGCAGUUAAAGGAAGAGAAUCGUAGUGCAAAAGAAGAAAUUAAGACUCUGGAGGCAAAGAACACUGAAAUGUUAUCAAUGCUGACUCAGUCUGAUCAGAAGAUCAUUGAGCUUGAGAGUGAACUUAGUGACAAAAAAAUAGUACUUAAAGAGAAAAAUGCUCUAAUAAGUGAAAACGCAGAGCUGAGAGCACUUAACGCACAGCAACAUAACCGCUUGAAAUUAUGCCAUCAAGAAAUUGAGGAAUCAAGGGAAGAGCUCCACAUAUUAGAAACCAUUAUUUUCCAGUUGUCUCUAAGUACAUCUGAAGAGUUUAAAUGGCACCACUUGAAACACCAGCUAUUCAGUUCCUCAACAAAAGAAGCUCUCUCUGAAUCUUGUUGUGAAUCAAAUAAAGCUUUGACUGCAGACCUAAGUAGUGUUAAACUGGCAAUGAAAGAAGCAGAAAUUCAAAAGCCUCAUGCAAACUUAACUAUCUGUAACGGAGCUGAGCAUCUUUCUAAUGAUAAUGAAGGCCAAGGAAAUAGCAGGUUAUGUGGCCUGGAAACAGAGCCUGUCAAAUUGAUCAGAAGUCAAGAAGAGAGGAGAAAAUGUCAACAGUUGGAACUCAUCAGCAAGGAAUUUGAAAAGGAGAGGCGAAGAUUCCAGAAAGAGGUAGAAGAGUUACAUGCUAAACUAACAAAAGCAGAUGAUGAGAAUUCUUCUUUGAAGACCAGCAUGGCUCAGAGGGCCAGUCAUUUUCAAAUCAUACAGGAAGACCUACUGAAGAAGGCUUCAAAAACUAGUAGCUUAGAGAGAGAAAUAACAAAGAAAUCUUCUCAACUUUCUGCACUUGAGAAACAGCUGGAAGAAAAGACUAUUGCUUAUUCUGCUGCUGCAACAAGAAAUACUGAAUUGGAAGAGGAACUCAUGGGAAAAAACAGGCGCAUUCAUGAGUUGGAAACAACUAUCGGCAAAGAACAUGAACAAAUAACUUCUGCUUUUGAAAAAGCAAAGUUGGUUCACCUUGAGCAGCACAAAGAGAUGGAGAAACAGAUUGAAAAACUUCAAACACAGCUAGAGAAGAAACAUCAACAAUUUGUUGAACAAGAGAAAAUAAUAUCUAUUUUGCAACAAGAUGUUAUACAUAAACAGCAUCACAUUGAAUCGUUGGAUGGGCUGCUGAUAGAAAGCAGAGAGGAAAUGGAAAAUCAACAUGUUAAGAAAGAUCAAGGAUUGAAGAUGCUGAAAAGUCAGUUAACAGAAGAAAGAAUGAAAGUGAGACAACUUGAGUCAGCACUAGACGUAUGUAAGGAAGAAGUUGCACUGUAUUUGAGUCAGUCACAAGAAAAUAAGGAGAUCUUUGAAAAUCAGCUCAAAAAAAAGUCUGAAGAGGUUUGUUAUUUACAGAAAGAAAUAAAACUAAAAGAUCAGAAUAUUCAGGACACAAGUGAACAAAAUAUUCUUCUACAACAAACUUUGCAUCAUCAUCAGCAAAUGUUACAGCAAGAAACUAUUAGAAAUGGGGAGCUGGAAGAUAAUCAAAUUAAACUUGAAAAACAGGUAUCCAGUUUGGAACAAGAGCUUCAGAAGCAGAAAGCACGUGCAGAAGAUGAGCUGAGAAAGGUAGAGGAGAAACUUCGCCUAGCUGCUCAGGAAGCAGUUUUAAACAGACAGAAGGCAGAUGAACUUAAUAGUACAAUCAGACAAAUUAAACUAGAGAUGGAUCAGUGCAAGAAUGAACUUACUGGUAGGGAAAAAGAAGUAGUGCAAUUAAAACGAGAUGGUGAAGACAAAGCAAUGCAGAUAAAUCAGUUGGAUAUUACUUUGGAAGAAGCACGGUCAGAGCUCAAUGAAAAGGCAAAUGAGGUGCAAGAUUUAGAAGAUAAGCUGCUUCAAAGUGAGACUUGCCACAGGGAAGCCUUACAGAAAAUAGUAGAACUAGAAUCUGCAUUACAGAAUGCCCAUGGGGAAUUAAAAAUCACUUCAGCACAGCUUCAGGAAUUGCAAGAUGCAGUACAGAAUGCACAGUCCUCUCUGGAGGAGAAGCAUGUUGCUAUUAUGGAUCUAACAACUAAGCUCAGGUAUUGCAAGGGAGAAGUUGAAGAGAAAAACCAAGAACUCCUUGACAUGGACCAAGCAUUGAAAGAAAGGAACUGGGAACUGAAACAAAGAGCAGCUCAGAUUACACAGUUGGAUAUGACAGUUCGUGAACAUAGGGGAGAAAUGGAACAACAAAUAAUUCGAUUAGAGUGCAAGUUAGAGAAGUCAGAGUUAGAAAUUAAGGAAUGCAAUAAACAGAUUGAGAGCUUAGAGAAGAAACUCCAGCAUUCUAAAGAUGAGCUUCGUGAAAAAGAGUUUGAAUUGCUCCAGAGAGAUCAAGAAAUAAAUCAGCUGAAGAAAAAAAUUGAAAGAAAACAACAGAGCUUAGAAGCUCUUGAAAAGGUAAAAUGUUCCUUGGAUACAAAACACGUUAUCAAUUUUUAAUGCCAUUACCAUAACAGCCUGGAAGGAAUGAUACAGUGUCUCUUUAGAAUAAGUGCCAUUACUUCUCCCCAAGUGAUAGUAUUGUAUAUCCUGGUGUUCGCUGAAUCUUAAUCCCCUAAAGUUAAACCAGUUUAAUGAUUUAAAACUUACAAAUUUAAUGGCACACUCUUAAUUGCCUGCUUUGUGGAGAAAUUUGAAUGUUAAUUAUCUUUAAUAACCUGAUGUUCUGGCUAUGGACAUGGUCCUCCUCGAACUGAAACUAAACAAUAUGCUGUAUGAUGAGAGCUUCUUAUGACUUAGGUAUCUAUCUUGUGAAAAUAAUUGUGCCAAAAGAGCACUGAGGUCUAGAGUGCUAACGGGGACGUGCAGAAGGAUAUUUUUUUUUUUGGCAUAGUGAAUGGGAGCAUACAGAUAGAAUAGAGAAAGUAGUUAUUUUUGCUUUAUGAAUGAUACAAGUCUUUGGUUUGGAGCCCGAAUCAGUCACUACAAGUACAAAUGCAGUCUGAGAUAAACGAGCUUUCUGCAGAAGUAAGUUCAUUAAAAUGGUUGCCAGCCAUUUUAAAC